UGUAGGGUGCCUGCGCAUAAAAAGAAACUCAAGGAAACUAGGCACGGCUCAGAAGGACAGGGCCACCUGCUUGAUUCAGGCAAAGGUGUGCCCCCCAGUCUCACGUUUCGUGUUUCCCCAUCUACAGAAAGCCCAUGAACCUCUAUUGAAGCGGUGAAGCCUGGAGAAGAUCAGGGAGGGCGUGUGUGCGGCUGAGGAGCUCCUGUGACCGUGUGGGACCCAGGCCUAGUCCACAGACCCUGCGGCGGCCCCAGGGGCCACCUCGUCAUCCCGGAACGGCGCUAUCCCCGGACGUCGCCACGCCCGCACAGCUGGGAUACACUUUACUAGGAGCCGGGCGCGCCGGGCCUCUCUGCGCAGGCGCGGCCCGCAUCGCGCAGGCGUAGAGCUCUGCGCUGAGGUCUCUGGGCUACAAUGGAAAGAGGAAACAGAUACUAGGAAUAUUUUUUAAAACAGCUGUUUGAUUUCUUCUCAAAGUCACAGCUGCCUUCUGAGCUGUAGUUAGUGCCUUCUCCAGCUUCCUGCAGCGUGACAGAAGAGAGAUACAGCAGUUGUUUCAAAGCUGGCAGGGAGCUGAACAGUGGUCUUAGCAGCACUUUUGGGAGUUUGUACUAGGAAGCUGCUUGUUGUCUUUGCUUUCAGAAGAUUGCGGAAGCAGAAGAUUCAGUAACUGAGAGGCCACCGUGGAGCUGCUGGAAACUGUUUCAGAAGGAGCACCUCUCAAACUGUGCUUCAGGCUCUGAAAAAAGGAGCACAGGGGAAGCUUAGUCUUGCUUUGGAUCCAAGCAAAUGCUGGCGGAGCGAUGAACUGGGACUUUGUGUGCGGACUCCUGGCUUGAUCUUGAUAGGAUUGGGUAUAUGUUGUUGGAACGGGCAGGCCAAGAGGCCCUGAGACCUACAGGUGCCACCUGUAUGGAGAAAAGCGGCUGUAGUCCAUUUCCAGUUUGUUGGGCUAAAGAAUAUGACAGAUACCUAGCAUCUAGCAAAAGAAUGGCAGCCGCUUAUCUUGACCCAAACUUGAAUCACACACCAAGUUCGAGUACCAAGACUCACCUGGGUACUGGCAUGGAGCGGUCCCCUGGUGCAAUGGAACGAGUAUUGAAGGUCUUUCAUUAUUUUGAAAGCAAUAGUGAGCCAACCACCUGGGCCAGUAUUAUCAGGCAUGGAGAUGCUACUGAUGUCAGGGGCAUCAUUCAGAAGAUAGUGGACAGUCACAAAGUAAAGCACGUGGCCUGCUAUGGAUUUCGCCUCAGUCACCUGCGAUCGGAGGAGGUGCACUGGCUGCACGUGGACAUGGGUGUCUCCAGUGUGAGGGAGAAAUACGAACUCGCCCACCCACCAGAGGAGUGGAAAUAUGAAUUGAGAAUUCGUUACUUGCCAAAAGGAUUUCUAAACCAGUUUACUGAAGAUAAGCCAACAUUGAAUUUCUUCUAUCAACAGGUGAAGAGUGACUACAUGCUAGAGAUAGCUGAUCAAGUAGACCAAGAAAUAGCUUUGAAGUUGGGUUGUUUGGAAAUUAGGCGAUCCUAUUGGGAGAUGAGGGGCAAUGCCCUAGAGAAGAAGUCCAACUAUGAAGUGUUAGAAAAAGAUGUUGGUUUAAAACGAUUUUUUCCUAAGAGUUUACUGGAUUCUGUCAAGGCCAAAACACUAAGAAAGCUGAUCCAGCAAACAUUCAGGCAGUUUGCCAACCUUAACCGAGAAGAAAGCAUCCUGAAGUUCUUUGAGAUUCUCUCUCCUGUGUACAGAUUUGACAAAGAAUGCUUCAAGUGUGCCCUUGGGUCAAGUUGGAUUAUUUCUGUGGAAUUGGCGAUCGGCCCAGAAGAAGGGAUCAGUUACCUGACAGACAAGGGCUGCAAUCCCACACACCUAGCGGACUUCAACCAAGUGCAAACCAUCCAGUACUCAAACAGUGAAGACAAAGACAGGAAAGGAAUGCUACAACUCAAAAUCGCUGGCGCUCCUGAGCCUCUGACAGUGACGGCACCAUCCCUAACGAUUGCAGAGAACAUGGCUGAUCUGAUUGAUGGAUACUGCCGGCUGGUAAAUGGAGCCACACAAUCCUUCAUCAUCAGACCCCAGAAAGAAGGUGAACGGGCGUUGCCAUCAAUACCAAAGUUGGCCAACAGUGAAAAGCAAGGUGUGCGGACACAUGCAGUCUCUGUGUCAGAUGAAAUUAGUGGGGACGAGACAGAUGACUAUGCUGAGAUCAUCGAUGAAGAAGACACAUACACCAUGCCCUCGAAAAGCUAUGGAAUAGAUGAAGCCAGGGACUAUGAGAUUCAGAGAGAAAGAAUAGAACUUGGACGCUGUAUUGGAGAAGGUCAGUUUGGAGAUGUACAUCAAGGCGUGUACCUGAGCCCAGAGAAUCCAGCUUUGGCUGUUGCAAUCAAAACAUGUAAAAACUGUACUUCGGACAGUGUGAGAGAGAAGUUCCUUCAAGAAGCCUUAACAAUGCGUCAGUUUGACCAUCCACACAUCGUGAAGCUGAUUGGCGUCAUUACAGAGAACCCAGUCUGGAUAAUCAUGGAGUUGUGCACACUUGGAGAGCUGAGGUCAUUUUUGCAAGUAAGGAAAUACAGCUUGGAUCUAGCAUCUUUGAUCUUAUAUGCCUAUCAGCUUAGUACAGCACUCGCGUAUCUGGAGAGCAAAAGAUUUGUUCACAGGGACAUUGCUGCUCGGAAUGUUCUGGUGUCUUCAAAUGAUUGUGUAAAAUUAGGAGACUUUGGAUUAUCUCGAUAUAUGGAAGACAGUACUUAUUAUAAAGCUUCCAAAGGAAAAUUACCUAUUAAAUGGAUGGCUCCAGAGUCAAUCAAUUUUCGACGUUUUACCUCAGCUAGUGACGUGUGGAUGUUUGGUGUGUGUAUGUGGGAGAUACUGAUGCAUGGCGUGAAGCCUUUUCAAGGAGUGAAGAACAAUGAUGUGAUCGGUCGAAUUGAAAAUGGGGAAAGAUUACCAAUGCCUCCAAAUUGUCCUCCCACCCUCUACAGCCUUAUGACGAAAUGUUGGGCCUAUGACCCCAGCAGGCGGCCCAGGUUUACUGAACUAAAAGCUCAGCUCAGCACAAUCCUGGAGGAAGAGAAGGUGCAGCAAGAAGAACGGAUGAGGAUGGAGUCCAGAAGACAGGCUACCGUGUCCUGGGACUCUGGAGGGUCUGAUGAAGCACCACCCAAGCCCAGCAGACCUGGUUAUCCUAGCCCGAGGUCCAGUGAAGGAUUUUAUCCCAGCCCACAGCACAUGGUCCAGACCAAUCACUACCAGGUUUCUGGCUACCCGGGUUCCCAUGGAAUCCCAGCCAUGGCUGGCAGCAUUUACCCAGGUCAGGCAUCUCUUCUGGACCAGACAGAAUUGUGGAAUCACAGACCUCAGGACAUGUCCAUGUGGCAGCCCAGUGUGGAGGACUCUGCAGCUUUGGACCUUCGAGGGAUGGGACAGGUGCUUCCCCCUCACCUGAUGGAAGAGCGGCUAAUCCGACAGCAGCAGGAAAUGGAAGAAGACCAGCGCUGGCUGGAAAAGGAAGAGCGAUUCCUGAAACCUGAUGUGAGGCUCUCUCGAGGCAGCAUCGACAGGGAGGACGGGAGUUUUCAGGCUCUGACUGGAAACCAACACAUCUAUCAGCCUGUGGGGAAACCAGAUCCUGCAGCUCCACCAAAGAAACCACCUCGCCCUGGAGCACCUGGCCACCUAAGCAACCUGUCCAGCAUCAGCAGCCCUGCAGACAGCUACAAUGAGGGUGUCAAGCCGUGGAGGCUUCAGCCCCAGGAAAUCAGUCCCCCUCCCACUGCCAACCUUGACCGGUCCAAUGACAAAGUAUAUGAAAACGUGACAGGCCUAGUGAAGGCUGUCAUCGAGAUGUCCAGCAAAAUCCAGCCAGCUCCUCCAGAAGAGUACGUCCCUAUGGUGAAGGAAGUUGGCCUGGCCCUGCGGACCUUACUGGCCACUGUGGAUGAGACCAUUCCUGUUCUUCCAGCCAGCACUCAUCGAGAGAUCGAGAUGGCACAGAAGCUGCUGAACUCCGAUUUGGGUGAGCUCAUUAGCAAGAUGAAGCUGGCACAGCAGUAUGUCAUGACCAGCCUGCAGCAGGAAUACAAGAAGCAGAUGCUGACAGCUGCUCAUGCCCUGGCCGUGGAUGCCAAGAAUCUACUUGAUGUUAUUGAUCAAGCAAGACUGAAAAUGCUAGGGCAGACACGGCCACAUUGAGCCCUGGCCAUUGAGCAUGGCUUUCUGUCCUUUGGGAGAUCUUCUCUAGCAUUCCACCAGCAGCGAGGAAGUAACCUUGUCCUCCGUCGACCGCACUCACAGCUCCAACUGAAUGACAGCUAGCUGAAAGUCUCUCAUGUAUAAGCUUAACCACUUAUACAUGGUUUUGAUUUUGUUAUUUUUCUAAAUAGUGUUCAGAAAACUCUGGAUCCAAAAUGUGGCAUUUUUCUGAGAAUGAAGAUUAUACAUUAAGAAGCUUUUAAAAUAUACUUGGUAUUCAAAUUGGGAUGUGUGCUCCUAGAAGUGGUAAUUCAUACUGACCAUGACUUUGAGUUGGAAGAGAAGUGUCUGAGGAGGCAGGGCUCCCUGACCUUGGAGACUGGUUAUCCUUCCUGCCAGAAUUCCGAUCAAGACUGAGUUGCAAUAUGCUAAUCUCAUUUAUAGAGAGAGUGCAUAAAAGCUAUAUUUUGAAGAAUGAGUGGUUUCAAAAGAAAACUUCUGCCCUCCCUGUCUCCACCUUCUUUCCUGUGGAUACUGAAGCAUUGGGUUGCGAACUUUCUGUAGAACUGACAAAAACUUGUCUUUCUUCAUCAAAAUUCUGUGCCAGUUUUGUACCAGAGCACUCCCAACUGCAUCAAGAAGUUCCAGGACCAGCCCUGUUCUCCAUUUUUUAUAUAAUUUAUAAGAAUAAUUAAAGCCAUGUUGACUCUUACAGCCACUGGAGCUAACUGAUCUUCAUUGUGUCUGUCUUCCCAGGGAGGACCCCGCAGGACAAACAGGGAUGUGGUUUUCUUUAGAUGUCCAGUUGUUAUACCAUGCAUUCUGUUAGGUGAUUUUGAGAGCAUACCUUCCCUUUAGUUUGUUGGGGGAUAUAAAUUAUUCUCAGGAAGAAUAUAAUAAAUUGUACAGUUACUCUGACCUAUUAAAAAGGUGGCGCCAGGAAA